GUUCAAUAGCGCAAAGAAAACCAUUGCUAUGGUAUACUCUCGCGCGUUGUUACAUUAAAAUAAACACUAUCAUAUAAUCUGGUGGACUACUACCGACGAGUCAUUAUCCUUGAAGCGAGGUACAUACAUCCAACAUACAACAUACAUACAUUUCGAAAUAAUGGAGAGAUUAGACGCGACAUUGGAUAAAUUUACAAACCCCACGACUGGUUCGCUUCACGCAGCGGUGUUUAUAGCCGUGGAUCAUUCUGGAAAGAUCAUAUACCGCCGCGCCGCUGGAAAGUCAAAGCUCGAUCCUAAAAAUGACACCCCAGUACAUCCAACGUCACUAUGUUGGAUAGCAUCUCUGACGAAACUUGUCACUGCGGUCGCGAUGAUGCAAUUGGUUGAAAAGGGUCUUGCUAGUUUAGAUGAAAAUGUCUGCGAUACGCUUCCUGAGUUGAGGGACAUCGACAUCUUGCUUUAUGACCAGGACACCUCUAGUGGAUCUGCCCCUGAGGGCUCCGAUGGGGUCCCAUCAUCCAGAUCCAAUGGAGGAGGGAAGCCAUAUCCUGGCUUCAGGACGGAGAAAGCCAAGACGGAAAUAACAAUCAAGGAUUUACUCUGCCACACUUCAGGCCUUUGUUAUGAUCACUCAAGCCCUCUUUUGCAACAAUGGUCUAAGUCGAACAAACGGAAAUCUCACACAUUCUGCGGAAGCAUGGACGGUUAUUACCAUCCUCUUAUUUUCGAACCGGGGACAUCUUGGGCAUAUGGAGGUGGAUUGGACUGGGCAGGAGUGAUUAUCGAACGGAAGACAAAUACCACUCUUGAAGAGUACAUGAAGGCGAAUAUAUGGUCUAAAAUAGGUGCUACGUGCACCACAUUCCACCCCGAAAAGAACCGUCAUAAACUACCUCCCCAACUCGAAAUGGGAGCGCGGAUCCGUACAGAGAGUGGCGACAGUUACAUUGGCCCAGGUCGGGUUACGCUCGAGUAUCCACGGAAGAACGACCUAGGUGGUAUUGGCCUUUUCGGCACAGCAGACGACUACAUCAAACUCUUGACCAUACUGCUCCAAGGAGGGAAGGGACUUCUUACUGAACGCAGUGUGCACGUAUUAUUUCAACCUCAAUUGACACGCGUUAUUCGCUCAUCUAUGCUUGUGGGCGCUGGGAGACAAAUGAGGCGAGUUCUUGGAGCGAGGGGUACAGAUGAUGUUGACCAGGCGGAUCACUGCUUAGCUGGGACCGUUACCCUGCGAGAUAUCCCAGGUCGAAGGAGAAAAGGGACAGUCAGCUGGGCUGGAUUGCCAAAUCUUCAUUGGUGGAUUGACCGUGAAAGUGGCAUAGCCGCUACUUUAUUCACACAACUCCUGCCAACUAUGGAUGCGAUUGUGGUGGAUCUACUAAUCGAGCUGGAAGAAGGGUUGUAUGAAUUUGUUUUGGGGAGGGGAUCCCGAAACAGCAGGGCCCAAAAGAUAUAGUCGCCAGUUGUGUCGACUAGGUUUGCCUUGUAUCUAAGAGUCAUUUGAUACAGAGAUUAUACAGACAGUAACGGCAGACACAAUAGUCAUAUCGAUA